AUGUCCACAAGAAUCAUCGCUCUCCUGGACCAACUUGGUCGCUGCCUCUCGCUUAACACGGCUGCUGCCGCGCUCUUCAUCGAUUACAAAGCCGCGUUUGAUCAGCUUUGGAUAGGCGGUCUAUGGCUGAAAUUACAUAGACUGAACUGUCCGACUGAACUACACGCAUGGCUCAGAAGCUACCUCUACGAACGGAACGCUUUCAUUGAAAUAAAGGGACAUCAAUCAAGGACGUUCCUACAGCACAAAGGCGUACCGCAAGGCUCAUGCAUUGGCCCGCGUACACUCCAAGCAUCUUUACGCGGACGACAUGGCCGUGAUUUUCUCGCCCUCCCCGUAUUGGUCCUCGAAAGUCACAAAUAUCCGGCUGGCCAAGCAGGUGGAAAGUACGAUCAACAGCCUGCACAGGUACUCCAUCGACUGGAAACAACCCAUGAACCUAAAGAAAACGUGCUGGACGCUUUUCCACCGCCAAAUAUCUCCAAAAAUCCCAACGGUCUAUUGUGGCAAUCACAAAAUCGAACAAAUACCCAAGUUCAAGCGUCUAUCCAGAAAUCGUAUGCUCACGGAACCGAUCGCCUUCAAGCUGUUUCAUGCCUUCGUCCGACCGCACUACCAAUCGCUACUGAACAUCUACCCAAUCUUAUCCCGCACAAAACAGGAGCAGCUCGAAGCUUUCAACCGAAGGAUGUUCCGCAUCACUCUGGGUUGGCACGACGCAACAAUCUAUGA